AUGUCAAAUAUCGACCCAAGAAAUAUUAAAAGAGGAAGGUGUAUGACGGAAAAAUGCGAUUGCUGCGAGUAUCAAUGUGACCAGGAGACAAAAAUACCAGCUUGCUAUUAUUGCGGUUGUAUGCCGACGAAGCAUGCUCGAAUCGAAGAUGAAAGUGGGGAAUUCACAGCAGGAAAUGUAAGCGCAUCAAGUGUGAAUGACACAGCAGUGUGCGUAAAUGAGAAAGUUACCAUUGAAAGCAAUAGAGAAUCGCUAAAUUCAACACGAAAAAAGAGACCGAAAGAAUUUACAGCUGUAGCUAGUUCGAGUAAAACAACAGAUCAAUGCAGCAUGAAAGACUUGGUUCCCACUUCUUUUGCCAAGAACGUGCUUGAUGGACUGGCGAACAAUAAUUUAACAUCAGCACAAGAGUGUGUAAUAAUUCGUGCUGCUACAAACAACAUGGCAUCGAGAAAUCGAAUUUCGAAUAAUGAUAUUACUCAAAUGGCAUUUAAUCUUCUGGAAAAUUUUCCAGUGUUAGAUAAAUCAGUAAUGGGAACCAGCCAAGAAGAUAUUGAAACGAGAAUCAGAAGGUGCAUAAAAAGAAGGACAGAUGUUUUUUCUCUUCACGAAAAUCUGCCGAAGUUGGAGAAAAUGUAAAGGAGAGCUGUACGAAAAUGCAGAAAGAAAUGGAGAGGACUGAUCGAAAGCAAAAUAUAACCCUAUUAAAAAAGUAUCUUGAUUCGACAAGAGGUGAAAGGAAAAAAGAUACGAAUAAAA